AUGUUACUUAUAAGAAUGGAUUUGCAGGAUAUGGACAGUACUAAAUUAAGAAAAUUUUUUGACGUUGAUUCAACAAUAUCAUGGAUUAAUAAUCACGGUUACCGUCGAAUUGCCUUGCAAUUUCCUGAUUAUAUCCUUUCUGUAUCUGCCAAUAUUGCCACUCUCUUAGAAAAAGAGUGUAACGGUGAUGUAAAAACAUAUGUUUUAGCCGAUACAACAUAUCGAAGCUGUUGUAUAGAUUUCAUAGCAGCGGAGCAGUGUAAUGCUGACUGCAUCAUUCAUUACGGAGAUUCGUGCAUGAGUGAGACCGUUAAUCGCAUUCCUACUCGAUUUGUUUUCGGUAAUGUGGAUAUCGAAUGGGAAAAAUUAGAAGAAGCCGUGCAUAAAUAUAAAGAUAAAUUUGAACCGAACUGUUGCCUUUUGUUCGAUGCAAUGUAUGCAAACAUCUCAGAUACUUUGUUCGAUUUUUUGAGUAAAUUCUCCGGUAUGGAGUCGUUAUUUAACUGCAAACUUGUCGAUCGAUCCAAUGAUCUCAAAGAUAGUCAGCCUACUUCCAGUAUGGAUUGUUGCUUAGGACGUGUAUCGCCGAAAGAAAAACAGAACAUGACACUCUUGUUUAUCGGUGAAACAAACAGUCCACUUUUGCCCCUUUGGCUGAUGACCAAUUUAAACUGCAUCAAUGUUUUUACAUUUUCUCCCAUUACGCUAAACUACUCAUUUCAAAGAACUCCAGCCACUCGGCUUUUAAGAAAGCGACUAUUUUUGAUCGAAAAAUUACGAGAUGCUAAAACUGUUGGUAUUGUACUUAAUACAAUAAAUCUGCUUGGAUAUGGAGAAGCUCUGGAACGAGCCAGGAAGCUAUGUAAAGUUGCGGGGAAAAAGAGUUAUACCAUAGCAAUUGGCAAGAUCAACGAGCCAAAAAUAUCCAAUUUUGCUAAUGAUAUUGAAGCAUUUAUCGUUCUAUCUUGUCCAUAUGGCAUAAUCUUGGACGUUUCCGACUUUUAUCGUCCAAUUUUAAGCCUUUUCGAAGCAGAAGCUGCGUUGAAUCCGCAAUGUAAAUGGUUAGCGGGCGAUGGAUGGACGGCAGAAUUCAGAAAUUUCGUAAAUGAUGAAAUGGGCAGUGAAGCUGAGAUCAAAUCGGAUUUGAGCUUAAUCACAGGUAAAAUGCGCGUGACGGGUGUCGAAGAUAAUGUUAACAAUAAUAUAAAUUCAUGUAGUAUCUUGUCUAUUUAUACAGCCGGUGAUUACUUUUCGCAAAGGACGUGGAAAGGACUUGAUGACAAGUGUACUAGUGAAAGUGUCACUGUGCAAGAGGGUCGAUCAGGUAUCGCUUCAAAGUACAACUCUGAACCCUGA